GAGGAGGAGGAGGAGAACGCUACGGGUCCACUCGCUGCUCCUCUCUUUUACAGUCAGUCCUCCCAGCAGUCAGACGCUGCUGGAGUUCCCGCUUCCGUCGUGGACUUUAUUUCCUCUAUUUGAAUCGAAAUCGGACACAGACGAACUGUCCCGGAAGAUGCUCUUCCUUCUGCUACCUGUCCUGGCUCUCUUGCUGAGCAGAGAAGCAGCGGUCUCCGGUAACAGUCAUGACAAAUGGCUGGGCACUGUGGCUCAGUACAACAUGGACCGACCCUGGAACAGAUUCAGAGAUGAUGACUACUUCAAAAGCUGGGCUCCUGCCAAGUCUCUUGACCAAGAGCGAGUGGCUGAAGCUGGCAGAUAUAAAGACCCUGGAAUUAAAUCUCACGCAGUUUCUGCAAAGAAGACAGGACAGACUGGCCCAGAUGCCACCAAGGACCCGUGUCUAAGGGUUCGCUGUCCUCCUCACAAGGUGUGUGUUAGCCACGACUUCCAGACUGCCAUCUGCACCAAUCACAAGCAACCACCCCACAGUGUGAAAGCCAGGAAAGGCAGCGUAAACCACAAGCAUAGGGUUGAAGCAGGGGCUCAUGGGCAAUGUAGGCAGUGCUCGGCACUUCAGUCAGUUCCUGUAUGUGGCUCUGAUGGACACACCUAUUCCUCCAAGUGUAAGCUGGAGUUCCAGAGCUGCUUGUCCGGGAAGACGAUCUCAGUGAAAUGUGAUGGACUGUGUCCCUGCUUGCCAGGUCCAGAGGAGUUCAACAAACCACUACAUAAUCCAGAGAAGGCUGGCUGCUCCGACACAGACCUCCACAGCCUGGCUGCCAGACUGAAGGACUGGUUUGGAGUUCUCCACCUCGAUGCCAACAGAGACCUCAGAUCUUCUGACAGCUCUGACUCCAGCGCUGGACACUUUGACACCAGCAUCUUGCCUAUUUGUAAGGACUCACUGGGCUGGAUGUUUAACAAGCUUGACGUGAACUUUGACCUCCUGCUGGACCAAUCGGAGCUGAAUGCGAUCUACUUGGACAAGUAUGAGCUGUGCAUGAAGCCUCUCUUCAACUCCUGUGACUCGUUUAAGGACGGCAAGCUGUCUAACAACGAGUGGUGCUACUGUUUCCAGAAGCCUGAAGGACUGCCUUGUCAAACUGAGAAGAGCAGGGUCCAGAAUCAGAGUCGAAGAAAGAGCCUCAUAGGCUCUUACAUCCCCCGCUGUACCGACGAGGGCUACUACAAACCUACUCAGUGUCACGGCAGCACCGGCCAGUGUUGGUGUGUGGACAAAUACGGCAAUGAGAUCGCUGGCUCUAGAAAACAGGGCAACCCUAACUGCGACGAGGACCCAGAGACAUCAGGGGAUUUUGGCAGUGGUGGUGCAGUUAUUCUCCUCGACGACCAGGAGGAGGAGCCUUCACAGAGUGAACGAAGUCGGCAGAAGAAAAGACGGGGCCGGAUCCACCCCAGGGGAACCAUUGAGGAUGAUGAGGAUGAGGAAGAAGACAAGGAUGAUGAAAUUGGCUAUAUUUGGUAGCUUCGUUCCAUUUUACUUUGCCAUCAGCUGACCAGGAAACUUAAACUCGGCACAGAUCUGAAGCCAUUCCAGUCUCUGUAAUCCUGGCACAUCAUGCAGUCCCCUUAUCUCUCUUCAAUGAACUUCAUACAAACUUUACUUUUGAGUGUUUUUCUCUUUCCUCAUAUACAAAACGGAGUGUGUGAAAUUUAAACAAAGGUCAAGCCCCUGUUAAAAACUGUUCUCUGAUCUUUCAACCCUUCAAACAUGGACACUUUUUUUGUUUCCGUCAUCCUCAUACUCCUUAUUUGCUGUGUGUAUCAGUGUCUCUGACCAGUGUGUGAGUCCAGAUGCAUUAGCUGACAUAUUGGAUGUAAAUAUGUUCCCUCCACGGACGUCUGAUUGUGGACUCCCUUUGCCCUGUUGUUGCAUCAGCGGUUAAUUAUCAUGGUCUGUGUUCCACCACAGGGCUCCUUCCAGUGUUUCUGCAAGUUGCUGCCAUGCUUUGAGGCUCAGAGACUCUGAGACGCACCCCCCCCCCCCCCCCCACCCCCACCCCCCACUAUUUCUGUCACUUCAUGGAGGAUUGUAAAUUACUUGUUGAUCUUGAAUGUGUCCAGAAAGCCCAGGAAACAGUGAGAUUAAUGAUGUAUUGUUGUUGUUGUUGCAUGUUUCUCAUCUUGUAUCUGUAAAAGAGAGAUUUAUCUGGCCAGGUCCAGCUCUAUGCAUCUCAAACAGAACGUGAUGCCUGUUUGGCUGCUACAGUACUUUGUUGCUAUGUUGAUGCUGUCUAGUGUCCUUUUGAUUCUUCUCCCAAUCUCAGGAGGUAGGAAAUUGCAUUGCAGAGAGAUAGCAGGUAGAAAAGCAAACUCUUAAGGCCUACAUCGCAGCCCUGUGCUGUCUCGGCCAGCUGUUUAUUUGCAAAAUGGUCCAUAGGGCUGCAGAGGCCUUUGGUCUGUGCAUGGACACUAGAGGAGGAAGCUGCUCCUGAGCUGGGAGGACACACGGCGUUAAGCAGAAAGAAGACUCUGCUCUGCCUCCCAACAUUGGAAAUGUUCAGUGAUUUGAAAUUGAAAUCUUCACCGUGUCAACGACGUGAACUUUUAUUUAUUUGAGAAUUUAAGUAAAGUGGCACGUCUAGUGUCUUUUGAACCUUA